AAAUACCUAACCACACUCCAUCAUGGUGGUUGGGUUUCUCUUCCUAUUUUUCUUCUUUUCCUCUCCCAUCUUAACCCAUAGUUCUCCAUCAUUAUUCGACUAUCAGUGUGGACUCACUACAGCUGGCUGGAGCAUACCUCCCCCGCCAGAAGACGUCAAUUUAAAACAAGUGAUAGCUGUUAUACGUCAUGGUGACCGUACAGCUUGGAACGGCUCCAGCUGCUGGCCUGGUGAUGAUUACAUUUGGUCUUGCGACCUCGUCCAUGGACAAAUGCCAGUUGAUACGAAAGUGGAGAAAGAGAGAGGGACUGCUGGAAGAAUAUUUGAAAAGAUUUUUUUGCCAACUAAUGAAGAAAUGCAUGGUAAUUGUUCAGUAGCUCAACUAACAACAAUCGGAUACAAGCAGCACUUAGCAAAUGGCGGUUCUCUUAAUUCUGCAUAUGUUAAAAACGGAUUUCUAACCCCAUCACUUGAUCCUAGCCAAGUUUUUAUUCGAAGCGACGACAUACCUCGAACAAUCUUGUCAGCUCAGAGCCUCAUGGAUGGGAUGUUCCCCCAGGAUGGAAAAUGUGAGGACAAUGGAGACGAUGGAUGCACUCAGUUCGUUCCAUUGUACACUCGUGAUACUAUGUACGACAAUAUGGAAGCCAAUGCAGAUUUGUGUCCUAAAGUUACUGAGUAUCAAACCCAGUUUUACGAAAGCACUACCUGGUUGAAUCAUUUAAAAACGACGAUCGAGGUUGUUAAUAAUAUUAGUAACACCAUUGGAUUUAACAUCAGCGAUAAUUUUGAACACUUCUGUGACUGCCUCAUCACUCAUUACUGCCACAACGCCUCCUGGCCAGACAAGCUAACGGAGGACCUUGCUCUCUCAGGAUUAGAUGAGAUGGUCUGGAUGAGCUACAACUCCUUGAAAUACCCGUCAGUUCAAGAGAACGCUAGAGCCGGGAUUGGGUUUUUACUCAAGGACAUCUGGAAGAAUUUUAAUCGGUCUGUCAACGGAGAAGAUUAUGAGAAGUUUAGUCUGUACUCUGGGCAUGACACUACGCUGAUACAGUUAUUGGUUGCUCUGGGUAUUGAUGAAGGAAUAUGGCCUCCCUAUUCUUCAAUGAUGUUGUUUGAAUUAUACUCAACCAGCACUGCUCCAGCUGCAGUGAGGGUAUUGUAUAACGGCAAAAUUAAAACACUCCCUUUUUGCAACGGGCAGGAGCUUUGCAGUUAUGAGACGUUUUCGAAUUAUUUAAGCACCGUUACACCUCCUGAUGACUAUCAAAAAUUUUGUCAGGUUUAAUAACUAUUAAUAACCAAUAAUAUAAC